GCAGCUGUCUCCAGCCCAUUUCAAUUCCCUCCCAAACCUCUCUAUUUUUCUCUCCUCCCUUCCUUUAUAAAACUCGUCUCUACCAUUUCACUCUCUUCAUCGCUUCUCCCUCAAAACUCUUCUCUCUGUCUCUAAAGUUUUGAUUUUUAUUCAAUAUUUUGUAAAAAUGGAAAUUGCCCAUUUAGUAAUAGUUUUCAUGGUGGUCUUUCUUCACCAUGGAAGAAAUGUAGCUUCAACUAAGCCCACCGUACAAACCCUCAACACAAACGCCGAGUUUUUCAACCCAAAGCUUCCUCCGAGGACCCUUUCCUCGUCCAAGAAGUAUGAGGGCUCUUCGGACCUCGUUAACCUCCGGUACCAUAUGGGACCGGUUCUGUCAUCGGCUCCGAUCAACAUUUACCUCAUAUGGUACGGAAAGUGGGCUGUGUCCCAGAAGCUUUUGAUCAAGGAUUUUCUCCUCUCCAUCUCCACCACCGACCGUCGCGCUGCACCAUCUCCUUCCGUUGCUGAGUGGUGGCGCACGGUGUCUCUUUAUACCGAUCAGACUGGUGCUAACGUUUCGCGUUCUGUUGUCGUUGCUGGGGAGUAUUCCGAUCUCCGUUACUCUCACGGCAGCUCACUCACGCGCCUCUCUGUCCAGCAAGUCAUCGCUAACGCCGUCAGAUCCGCGCCGCUACCUGUCGACCACAAGCAAGGUAUCUACCUUAUAUUAACGUCACAGGAUGUCACCGUUCAGGACUUUUGUCGAGCAGUUUGCGGGUUUCACUACUUCACAUUCCCUUCCCUCGUGGGCUACACGCUCCCUUACGCCUGGGUUGGAAACUCCGGCAAGCAGUGUCCGGAGGUCUGUGCUUACCCUUUUGCCAUACCUGGGUACAUGGCCGGAGGUGGGCCGGUGGCGCUCUCGCCGCCGAAUAGAGACGUGGGUGUGGAUGGAAUGAUCAGCGUGAUCGGCCAUGAGCUAGCGGAGCUGGCUUCGAACCCACUAGUAAAUGCCUGGUACGCCGGAGAGGACCCAACGGCCCCGACGGAGAUCGGCGACUUGUGCGAGGGUCUUUACGGGACAGGCGGAGGCGGUGGGUAUAUUGGGCAAGUAAUGAGAGACACAGGAGGAAGGACUUUCAAUGUGAAUGGGAGAAAAGGAAGAAGAUUCUUGGUGCAGUGGAUAUGGAGUCCAGUUUUGAAAGCUUGUGCUGGUCCUAAUGCCAUGGAUUGAUAAACCAAGCAACACAUAAUAACUUUUUCUUAGCUCCUCUGCUGCUCUGCUAUUGAUAUAUCGAAUUCCUAAUCGGGGGACGGCGGCGCGUGGGAAUAUGAGUGGUUCGACUUCGAAUAGGCAAAAGUGGAGGACAAAAUUAAGCUUUACUUGAGCUUUGUUGUAAUUUUUUUUUUUUGAUAGUUAUAGUUAUUAAUUUUUUUUAAGUGGGUAAUUUUGGAUGUAAAUAAGGGAGGAGAGAUUCUCUUAAUAUAUAGAGUUUUCAGUUUUUUAUAGUA